GACGAUGUCAGGAAGAACAGCUCCCUACGGUACAUGGGUAUCGCCCAUUUCAACAGAUGCAGUCACGAACGGUUCCGUGACCAUCAACGACAUCAUCGUAGACGCCAUUCGGUCUACUGUAUAUCACAUCGAACGAAGGCCUGCCGAGAAGGGCAGGUCUGUCAUCGUCAACACGCGCACCAAGGAGGAUGUUUUUGAUGAGAGGUGGGAUGCUAGAAGUGCUGUGCACGAAUAUGGAGGAGGGGCCGCUAUGGCUCAUGAUGGGAACAUCUAUUUCUCUCACGUCGUAGAUGGAAGGGUCUAUAAAAUAGAAGAGGGUCAUAUGCCUGAAGCUGUCACUCCAGACAGCAAAAAGACUUUGCGUUAUGCAAACUUUUCAGUUUGUCCCAACCAUCCGGAUCUUUUGGUAUGCGUCCAGGAAGACCAUACUGUGGACACACCUGAAACUGUUGUCAAUACACUGUGUGUGAUCAAUACUACCACCAAGACCGUUUUACCCCUCGAAUCUGGCGCCGACUUUUAUGCUGCUCCGGCAUUCUCUCCUGAUGGCACAAAGCUGGCAUGGCAACAAUGGAAUCACCCCGACAUGCCAUGGCAAGGGACAUUGAUAUAUGUCGCAAACGUGACGAUCGAGAGUCACCCUUCAAGUCUCAACCUCACGGAUCACUUUUCCAUCGCAGGUAAGGGACCAGACGCUGAAAGCGCCUCCUACGUCUCUUGGAUCAAUGACGACACCCUUCUUUUCUUGAGUGAUGCAUUUGGAGGAUACCGCAAUCCGUGGAAAUACUCCCUCGUCUUUGACGAGGCUCAGGCUGUUCUUCCUGCUUCCAUUGCUGAAGACUUUGGCGCACCAUAUAAACUUCUGGGCUCCUCGGCGUUUUCGAUGCUGGACGCAGAUGGCAAAGCGGCCAUGUUCAUGGCCUAUCGAAACGGGCGAAGUGUCUUAUAUGUGGUUGACUUGUCCGGAAAGACACAGCCGAGAGAGGUUGAAUGUCCAUUCGUGGACAUCUCUAGCGUUCAUCAAGUCAGUCAUGGCGAGUCACAAGUCGUGUUUUCUGGCAAGCGAAGCGACGGUGGAGAGGGAAUUGUGUUUUGUACGCUCACUGGAACUUCAAAUUCGCCGACUUUUGAGAUAUGUGGGCCCUCAGCUGAGCACAACUCUGCGUCCCCUGCCUCCACUACAAUUCCUUCGAAUUUCAUCUCACCACCUCAGCCAAUGACGCUCGCGAGAGAUGAUGGGCCAUUGUACGUUGUAUACUAUGCACCCCUCCACCCCGAUUAUUCUGGUUCCAGCAUUGCUGAAGAAAAGCCUCCUUGUGUACUGAAUGUCCAUGGGGGACCCACGGCUAUGGAGCCACAAUCACUUAACUGGGCGAAACAAUACUUUACGAGUCGUGGAUGGGCCUGGCUGGAUGUGAAUUUCAGCGGAUCAUCCAACUAUGGUCGCACAUACAGCGAUCGGCUGAACGGACAUUGGGGAGUGGUUGAUAUACAAGAUUGCAUCGAUGCUGCUCGAAUACUAUCUUCGAAGCCUUACUCUCUGGUCGAUGCAAAACGUAUCGUGAUCAGGGGAGGUUCCGGAGGCGGCUUCGCCGUGCUCGCAGCUGCGUCAACCGCAAAAGAUGUCACUGUUUUUGCCGCGGGGACAUCUUUGUAUGGUAUAUCAAACCUGAUCCUACUCGGGCAAGACACACACAAGUUUGAGUUGAGAUACAUUGACGGUUUGAUGGGUGGACCUGUAGAGAGGAUCCGGUCCGUUUACGAGGCUAGGUCGCCGAUCUACCAUGUUGAUAAGAUCACUAUACCCUUGCUGCUUCUCCAAGGAGCAGAUGAUAAAGUUGUACCAAAAGAACAGUCGGAGGAGAUUGUACAGAAGAUUAAUGCGCGGGGUGGGAAAGUUGAAUAUCACCUGUAUGACGGUGAAGGACAUGGAUUCCGGAAAGCAGAAACCAUUAAGGCUGCAUUGGAGGCCGAAUUGGGAUGGUAUGAGGAGGUUCUGGGUCUGAAGAAUUGAUGUAGAUGCGUAUUUGUGUAUCCCGUGUAUGAUAUUAAAUGAGAUUCUGUUUUGUUCCU